CAGCAUCUCAGGAUGAUAACCUGGUUGUAUUGAAGGCAUCUCUUUUUCUGCCAAAUCUCAAAGUCCGUUCUCUAAAACCCGGGUUAGCCAGACUAUAGGGUUUUAUUCUGGCUGCAGAAUAACUAACUGACUGCUGUGGCUUUGCAAAGGGGGGCAGAAAAAAAAAAGUUAAGAGAGGAGAAGGGAGUACGUGAGUCGUCCAGUGCAAUCUCUAUUGUUUGAAACUUACUUUUUAUCAGAAUUUGAAGAUGAAAACGCACAUAGGUAACCCUCCAAAAAAUCAUCCAGUUUGCUAAAUUAUGGAAAUUUUGUGGAAGACGUUGACCUGGAUUUUGAGCCUCAUCAUGGCUUCAUCGGAAUUUCAUAGUGACCACCGGCUCUCAUACAGUUCACAAGAGGAAUUCCUGACUUACCUAGAACACUACCAGCUAACUAUUCCAAUAAGGGUUGACCAAAAUGGAGCUUUCCUCAGCUUUACUGUGAAAAAUGAUAAACACUCGAGGAGAAGACGGAGUAUGGACCCUAUCGAUCCACAGCAGGCAGCAUCUAAGUUAUUUUUUAAACUUUCAGCCUAUGGCAAGCACUUUCACCUAAACUUGACUCUCAACACGGAUUUUGUGUCCAAACAUUUUACCGUAGAAUACUGGGGGAAAGAUGGGCCUCAGUGGAAACAUGAUUUUUUAGACAACUGUCACUACACAGGAUACUUGGAAGAUCAACAUAGUACAACCAAAGUGGCUUUAAGCAACUGUAUUGGGUUGCAUGGUGUUAUUGCAACAGAAGAUGAAGAAUAUUUUAUUGAACCAUUAAAGAAUACCACAGAGGAUUCCAAACAGUUUAGUUAUGAAAAUGGCCAUCCCCAUGUAAUUUACAAAAAGUCUACCCUUCAGCAACGGCAUAUGUAUGAUCACUCCCAUUGUGGGGUUUCUGACCUCAUAGGUGGCAACCCUUGGUGGCUGAAUGACACAUCUUUUCCUUCCGCACCACCAAUGAAUGGCACACACAGACCGAGGAGAUCGAUAAGCAUUGAGCGCUUUGUGGAGACAUUAGUCGUGGCAGACAAAAUGAUGGUGUCCUAUCAUGGCCGCAAAGACAUUGAACAUUACAUUUUGAGUGUAAUGAAUAUUGUUGCCAAACUUUACCGUGAUUCCAGCAUAGGAAACGUUGUGAAUAUUAUAGUGGUCCGCUUAAUUGUUCUCACAGAUGAUCAGCCAAACUUGGAGAUAAACCACCAUGCAGACAAGUCCCUCAAUAGCUUCUGUAAAUGGCAGAAAUCCAUUCUCUCCCACCAAACUGAUGGAAACAUCAUUCCAGAAAAUGGGAUUGCCCACCACGAUAAUGCGGUUCUUAUGACUAGAUAUGAUAUCUGCACUUAUAAAAAUAAACCCUGUGGAACACUGGGCUUGGCCUCUGUGGCUGGAAUGUGUGAGCCUGAAAGGAGCUGCAGCAUUAAUGAAGACAUUGGCCUGGGUUCAGCUUUUACCAUUGCACAUGAGAUUGGUCACAAUUUUGGUAUGAACCAUGAUGGACUUGGAAAUCCUUGUGGGACGAAAGGUCAUGAAACAGCAAAACUUAUGGCAGCUCACAUUACUGCAAAUACCAAUCCUUUUUCCUGGUCUUCCUGCAGUCGAGACUAUAUCACCAGCUUUCUAGAUUCAGGCCGUGGCAAUUGCCUUAAUAAUGAGCCUCCCAAGCGUGAAUUUGUUUACCCAACUGUGGCCCCAGGUCAGGUGUACGAUGCGGAUGAGCAAUGUCGUUACCAGUAUGGACCAGGAUCCCGCCAAUGUAAAUUUGGGGAAGUGUGUAGAGAGCUCUGGUGUCUCAGCCAAAGCAACCGCUGUGUCACCAACAGUAUUCCUGCAGCGGAGGGAACAUUUUGUCAGACUGCUACUAUUGAAAAGGGGUGGUGCUAUCAGGGAGAAUGUGUUGCUUUUGGCACUUCGCCCCAGAGCGUAGAAGGGGGCUGGGGUGCCUGGUCACUGUGGGGAAAGUGCAGCAGGACCUGCGGGGGAGGCGUCUCCUCAUCUCUAAGACAGUGUGACAGUCCAGCACCUUCAGGAGAUGGAAGCUACUGCCUUGGGGAAAGGAAACGGUAUCGCUCCUGUAACACAGAUCCAUGUCCUUUGGGGGCCCGAGAUUUUCGAGAGAAACAGUGUGCAGACUUUGACAAUAUGCCUUUCCGUGGAAAUUAUUAUAACUGGAAACCCUUUACUGGAGGUGGAAUGAAACCGUGUGCAUUAAACUGCUUGGCUGAUGGCUACAACUUCUACACUGAACGUGCCCCCGCAGUGAUUGAUGGGACUCGGUGCAAUAUGGAUUCACUGGAUAUCUGCAUCAAUGGAGAAUGCAAGCAUGUAGGUUGUGAUAAUAUUUUGGAAUCCAGUGUUAGGGAAGAUAAAUGUCGAGUCUGUGGAGGGGAUGGGAGCACAUGCGAUGCCGUUGAAGGGUUCUUCAAUGAAACGUCACCCAGAGGAGGAGGAAACUCCAUACUGUCUUCCACAGUGGCUGAACCAGUCUGCAUGCCCUCCAACAUUACAGGAGAGUUCCUAUGCUACCUGACAGUUGUGCAGAUACCAAGAGGUUCUGUUAAUAUUGAAGUCAGAGAAGUUGCCGUGUCACCUGCCUAUAUUGCUUUAAAAUCUGAAACAGAUGAAUACUAUCUUAAUUGUGGUUGGACUAUUGACUGGCCUAAGAAGUUUGAUGCUGCUGGGACAACUUUUCGCUACAAGAGACCAACUGAUGAACCAGAAUCCUUGGUAGCUCCAGGUCCCACCACGACAAAUCUCAUUGUCAUGGUUCUUUAUCAAGAUACAUAUGAGGGAAUUACGUAUAAGUUCAAUGUUCCUAUCACUCGGACUGGCAGUGGAGACAGUGAUAUUGGCUUUACCUGGAAUCAUCAGCCUUGGUCAGAAUGCUCCACUACUUGUGCUGGAGGUUUCCAAAAACAGGAGGUGGUCUGCAAAAGAGUGGAUGACAGCUCUAUUGUCCAGGACAAUUACUGUGACCCUGACACUAAGCCACCUGAAAAGCGAAGACGCUGCAAUAUUGAGCCCUGCUCACCUGAGUGGUUCAUUGGAGAUUGGUUGGAGUGUAGCAAGACUUGUGGUGGUGGAAUGCGUACAAGGGCAGUGCUCUGCGUCAGAAAGAUGGGACCUUCUGAGGAGAAGACACUGGACUCCAGCGCUUGCUUAACACACCGGCCCGUUGAAAGAGAGUCCUGCAACAACCUGCCAUGUCCGCCUCAGUGGGUGGCUUUGGACUGGUCAGAGUGCACUCCCAAGUGUGGUUCAGGAUUCAAGCAUCGGAUUGUUCUGUGCAAGAGCAGUGACCUUUCUAAAACGUUGUCAACUGCAUACUGUCCACAGGAGAGCAAACCCUCUACCCGCAUGCGCUGCAGUUUGGGCCGCUGCCCUCCUGCUCGCUGGGUGACAGGAGACUGGGGCCAGUGUUCUGCUCAGUGUGGCCUUGGACAGCAAAUGCGGAUCGUGCAAUGUCUCUCCUACACUGGACAGGCAUCUAGUGACUGUCCGGAAACUGUGCGGCCUUCAUCGAUGCAGCAGUGUGAAAGCAAAUGUGACGGUACCCCUACUUCCAAUACUGAAGAGUGCAAAGAUGUGAGCAAAGUGGCUUACUGCCCGCUGGUGUACAAGUUCCAGUUCUGCAAUCGAGCAUACUUCAGACAGAUAUGUUGUAAGACCUGCCAAGGACAGUGACCCACGGAAAGCCGUAGAAAGAGCCUUGUCAUUUCAUCCUGGAAACGUGUCCAUCACAGAGAGCCACCCGGAGGAAGAGGAUUGAUGUCCUUGCAGAUGCAUUACCCUGUGGAAAACGUAACCACUGGUCAGCCCUAGCUGACAGGAUUUCAAUAUUAUUUUAACUUCUGUGAAGUAGGAUUUAUUGAUCCAAAGUGCUGGACACAGUUUUAGGAGGGAAUGCCAGAUUGGAGAGGUCCAAACAACACAGGGAGACUUGCUUACUGUGGAACGUUUGUGUUCUUUCGAGUAAAUCCAAUAGCCUGUUUACCUCCUUGGACCAUUAAGAUAAUUUUUAUUAUAGACUUAGCAAUGACACUGAAUCCAUUUGUAUUUAAAACUGUUUAAAAUGUAGCUGGUAUGAUUUGGUCAACUAUGGAAGUAAAGAAGAUUCAGAAAUCUUAAAUCAUAGCUUAAAAAAAUAUUUACUAUACUUUAUCUCACUACAACAGCACCACCAUUUAAAUUCUAAACUGGGCUUUAACCUGUAAUUUAAGGAGCAAUUAUAAAUCAAGACUAAUGAAAGUUUGUAUGAUUUUUUUUUCUUCCUUCUACUUAAUUUCCUUAGGAAUAAUCUCCCUGUUCUGAACACUGCUGUGAGCCAUAUAUAAAAACUACAUUAAACCUAACGACAGUGAAGGACUUAGUUGAAAGCAGUGCCUCAGUUACUGCAGCUGCGCAGCUCUAUAAAUUCAGUGCUAAAAGACUGUGGCCCGCCUGCCAUGGUGCAAGUGAAGCUGAGAUUCUCAUUAACACUUUAAGAGAAAAACAUUUCAGUGUCAUGCAGAAGCCAGACCUGGGGUAUGGUAGAGACUCAAGUACCAGGUCCUGUGCUGCCAUCACACACGGAUGCCUCAGCUCUUAAUAGGAGUCACUCCAACUCACUCGUGUUUACAGCCACAGAAUGGCUUCUGCCCCACUGGUGGCUGCACCUACACUAAGCUUACUGAGACGAUACCAGGCAAAAAAGAUAGACUGGCUCAGUAACAACCAGGCAGACCCUUUUGCUGACAGUUACGAUGGGUUCCAGAUGUCCCUUCUUUGAUAUGGCAGGAGGGCAUUUAUUUAUAUGGGAGCAAGUGUGUGUGUGUGUGUGUGUGUGUGUGUGUGUGUGCGCGCGCGCGCGCGCUUUGGGGUAGAUGAGUAUGCUUGCACAUAAACGUGCUAUUUCUCUGAGUUUUUAAGUAGGCAAGGGAUAACAACCAAAGAAGAAAAACUCAUGAAGACUAGAGAUCACAAAGCCUAAUUUUAAUAGUCACUCAACCAAGUAUUUUAUAUUUUUUAUGGUUAUCCUGAAUAGCAACUAAAUGUGAAACCCAGUUUCUUGAGCAGGUCAAAUUCUAGAAUCAAAUCCACCUAAUUUAAAUUGACUAGCUCACACAUUCCCUAUCCACAAGUUUCACAUCAUGCUCAUCAAAACCCAUGACAGUGAAAUUUAAAAAGAAAGAAAGAAAGAAGAAAAAGAGGGUACUUGUUUAUAUGAAUAUUUUGUACUUGAACACUUGUAGCUUGCAGCAGGUUCCGUUGAAUGUGCUCUGUAUCCUACACAUGUGUCCACCAUGCUACACCGACACCUCACACUCCAGCCAAAUGGCUGCUCUGUAAAGAUACUACUUGCAGUUGAAGAGCAUAUCUGACUUACAUCCAUCACUAUGCUCUGAGACUCCACGUCAGGUGUAUGACCUAGACCAUGACUUGAUGGGGGUGAUUAGGUGCUUUCAGAAAGGAGGAGAAACUCACAGACUCCAAAAACCAACCUAGAUUUCAGUUGUGCUGUGGAGAGUGAGCAUGGGAUGGGGUUCUGCACACUCAGUCGUGCUCAUUUGUCUCUCAUCACCUGCUUUCUCAACCCCACAGCUCAUGUCCCUGCGCUUUCCAGGGAGAGCUGUUGACAAUACUUGAGAGUUGCUGUCAGGGCCCCUGUCCAUGCUGCCUCAGAAUACUGCCCAGGUGCCGUCUUAGCCAUUCAGCAAAGGGAGGGCCAGGGGCCCCAGCACUGAAUUCCCAUGGUGCUUUGCAAAGAGCAGUUAACUUGGUGCUAAUCUGGUGAAAUAGACAAAAGAUGAGUGGUUUCUGUGGCAUUUUAGGCACAGGUUUGCCAUCAGGAUCUGCUUUUCUCCAACAUAAAUAUCAGCUCAUAUGUUUAUUUAAACAGAUUUCUUACAUUAUUGAUUAAGGGCUAUUUUUUUUUUUUACCUCACUUGGAAACGAACAUUGCGAGGGCCAUCCUCCCGGGCAACAGGCACCCCUGACUGGUUGUGGAAGAGGAGGGCAGCCAGUGCCCUCUGGGGUGUGCACAGCACCAGGGGGCUCCCAGGGCCAGCAUCAGGUCACCUUCUCAGAAGAAACCAAGCACAGAACGUAAUAGGACUAAACAUUUCAGAUAGGCCCUGAAUUAAAAUCCGAGUGAGGAAAAAUGCCACAUUCCACAGCACACCACAAUACCGCUGCUGCUCUGUAGUCAACCGCGUGACUACAUACGCUCUUUUCCUAAAUAGUAACAGCAGGAUCAUCAGUGGAGGCCGAGGCCCCAUGGCAGGCCCUCCAAAAAUAGUGAGCUCUAUAGACUACUUAGGGAACCCCAAGGAAGCUGGUACCCCAUGGCUGAGAGCAGUAUCUGCCACUGGCAGAAAAGCCUACUCAAAACUGAAAGGGAAAUAUCCCCAACUGAUUAAACCCCUUGAAACACAUAUGACUCCCCGAUCAGUUCAUUUCAUUAGGAAUCUUUUAUUUGAGUGAAUGUCACAUAGGUAUCCUUAAUAAUACAGAAUGAAAUUACCUUUGUAUUAUUGUGAUUAGUUGUUGCUUAUUAUUUUGUACUCAGUAUUAAUGUGGUACACUGUUACUUAUUUUUUUUUUUUGCUUUUGUAAAUUAUAUUCUAAUUUAUUGCCAUGUUUCCUAACACUUGUCCUUCAUUCAUUCUCCUGCUUGUAAUGAAAAUGAAAAGUCAUUGUAACACUUGAUGGAGUGAAAUUCCACACCAGGCACAGAUUUUUUAUUAACAUAGA